AGGGCAUGCUCGGUGGUGGCGGCGGUGAUGCGGGCCUGGCCAACGCCGCGGCGCGGGGGCAAGUGGAGGCGGUGCGGCAGCUUCUGGAAGCCGGUGCGGAUCCUAACAGGCUCAACCGCUUCGGGAGGCGCCCGAUCCAGGUCAUGAUGAUGGGCAGCGCCCGCGUGGCCGAGCUGCUGCUGCUCCAUGGCGCGGACCCCAACUGCGCGGACCCCGCCACCCUCACCCGACCCGUGCACGACGCCGCCCGGGAGGGCUUCCUGGACACGUUGGUGGUGCUGCACCGAGCCGGGGCGCGGCUGGACGUGCGGGACGCCCGGGGCCGCCUGCCCGUGGACCUGGCUGAGGAGCGGGGCCACCGCGACGUCGCCGGGUACCUGCGCGCGGCCGCGGGAGACUGAUGGCGCGUGCCCACAGCCGCCCACAAAGACUUUUUUCUCCAGUUCCCCACCCCAGCUUAGUUCAGUGAGGGCUGCAAACGUGGAGCGGCGGAAGUCUUCCUGGGCGACUCGAUUCCCGCAGGGAAGGAGGAGCAAACCGGGAAUACAUUUUUUUUUUCCUUUUUUUUUUUUUUUUUUUUGCCUCUGGAUGCAGUCCUCGACGCUCACCGUGAAGCGAAACGCAGAGAGGUGGGGCAAAUGGAUUUCCAGCGAGAUUUAGGAGCCGAGUGUGGAACUCCCAGGUUUAUUUUUCAGGGUUUUCUGGCGAAAAGUGGCAUAUGAAGAAGUCCGUGAACAAACCCAGGUGCUGCGAAUCUUCACGCAGAAGAUGUCGGGGCGGAGUGGGAGGCGGCGGUAACUGGCAUUCGGGUGGGAGGCACUGACCUUGAAGGACCCCCUGUAAGCCCCCACUUCAGGCGUUACGCCCCGAGGCUGUGAAGGAUAAGCUGAAGAUGGAGGACCAGGGGCUGACGGCGGUCGACAUGGGCGCUUUCUGUACACGCUGUGCGGAUCAGGGCAGGCCACGUGCAAAGCGCUACUUACUGGAAGCCCUGGGGACUCGCGCCCAGAUCCACCGGGAUAGUGACGGGGGAGAGAGGACGCGGGGGGCCCCUCGAAUUUGCUCGCUUGUUCUGAAGGCCCCAGAGCAAGGUGGUUCUGAACAGCUCUCCGAAAGGGGCGCUCCCUUGCUGUUGUUACCGAGGCGAGAUUCUUGCGGCGUUCCAGAUGUCCGUGCACAGAGUGAAGUCGUGGAUUGUAGCGAGAGCAACUGUAGGUAGGCCGUUAACUGUAACGAUUUUAUCUAUAUUCGGUAGGAUACAGAGCCCCCUGUAAAUUGCCACUUGAAAAGAUUUCGCGAUAUUUUGUACUUCUGGGUUAUUCUUCAGUAACAGUCUUACUUAACACGGAGACUUUAAAUAACAAAGUAACUUGGGAAAGAGGUGAGGGAGAACUACAGCUUUUAUACGAAACUAUGGCACAGUGCCAACGCCCAGAUUACUUUGAUCCUUAACCUAUUUAUUUCUUUGUUAAAUUUUCUGUUUCCUUUACUAGUGUCUCAGGGGGUCGAACUAUGAACUAUUUCAAAUGUAUUUUAGAAGAUCCAUGCACUUACCCAGUAAAUUAUCUUGGGAUAUUUCCCAAAGAGUUGCUGAAAGAGUCGAUAGAAUAUAAAACUGUUGAAAAUAUAUGAUGAUGGCUUGUUAAAUGUCUUAAUAUCUGGUGAAAAAACUAAAGGUGUACUGUUUGGGGAUUUAAUUUCCAGUGUUGCUUAAUUCAUUACAGUAUUGGAACAACUGAUAUUUCACUGUUAAAAUGUAAAAAAAAAAAAAAAAAGAGAUUGGACUUCAGAUUUUGGCUUAAAACGUGAUUCCAUUCCUAAUUUAAAGAAGUUGUGGAAUCUGAUGACAACCUGAUAUUAAGGGAAAUCAAAUCAAGAAAAUGUGGUUGGGUACUGUAGGGUACUGUGAGAUCCACAGACAUAUAUAUAUAUAUAUAUAUGUAUGUUUGGCAAAACCAAAAUAUCAUACGUUAUUGGAAAAUCAAGUACCACUUGGUUGCACUGAAACAGUAAUUUAUGAAUGCAUGUAAAAGUAAAUUCAGAUUUCAAAUCCACCUGGUAGCCAGAUUUGGCCAAUGUGUUAUCAGCAGCACAAAAUAUAUAUAUUGUUAAGUCUGUUUAAGAUUUCACUUUGAAGAAUACAUGCAAACAAAUAUAGUUCUAUAUACUUGAGCCCUGCUUCUGGCUCCAUUUUGCAAUUACAGAAAAAUAUACAUGUUAAUUUCUGUAUCUAAAUCUAAAAUAUUACCAAGGUUUGUACACAUCUUACUACCUGACCUUUAUUGAAAGAUCUGAAAGUGAAAUAAAUUCAGAAUUCAAUAAAGCAUUCAUUUGGCCUCAUUUUUGUAUUUCCUUUUUCAGCUGAGUGAAUGGAUGAGAAAACAAGGAUGAUUUACUAUGAAAGCAAAAUGUUUAAAAUUUCCUGUGUUCUAAUGGCUAAAAUUAGUAAUUUCAGAUACAAGGUAUGAAAUAGAUUCAAAUAGAGAGCUCAAGAUCCAUACAGCUCCAAACAGCUUUGGGAAAGUGUGUACAUAAGAAGGCUUUAUGAUAUUUUAUUUCUAUAUUAUGACAAAAACAAUAUGAAUAUGGCAUCCAGGGCAAAAUUAGUUCAUUUUAUGAAGCUAAGUAACUGACCUUCAGCAAAUAA